UAGUUGCUAGGGUUAUAGCUAUAAGUCAAUCACAACAAAUAAACUGAUAACCCUACCUUAUGUCAUAUAUACCUAAGUUUAUUUACAAUUUAUUAUAAGCUGAACUGCUAUUAGAAUGGAUAAAAAGAGUGAAUUAAAAUUAAGUGGAGAUAAGAUUAAUUUGGAACAUAGACCAUUAAAUGAAUUUAGAACAGCCAGUGGUAAAAGUAAUGCGUUUUUAACCAAAUGCUUUUCCAGACCCGUUUCUGCUUUACCAACGUUUGAUUUAGUUGAUCAGGGAGGUAACUCUAACAGAAGUGGUCAAAGGCCAUUUUCGGCAGGAUAUCUAAGCAAAAACUGGUCUAACAACCUAAAUACGGAAGCAAACUCUGAGAGCACUGAAGAUGAUUGGCUUCCCUCAUCCAACUUAUACAAAAGCCUCUGUUCACAAAAAAUUAAACCGUGGGGCAUGUACGAGACAACUUAUCAAGAAAGUAGCGAAAAUAGCUCAGAUUUUCCCAAUCAAACUAAAGAAAAUACCAGUAAAGAAAAUAGUUCACUUUCUUCUGAAGAAAUGCCUAUUGAACAAGUAAAAUCAACCCUGGAGCCGGGCUUAGUUACAAAACCACCAUUACCAAAAACUGCUGAAAAUGCUAAAUCAAGUAGCGCCAUUCAAGCAUAUUUUAAUAUAAAAUACGAUACGAUUUUACACAAAGACAAGGAAGAAAAUAGUAUAAAUCGCGAAACAAAACUUGAUUGGAAAGAAUCUGUUUUAGACAAGGCAGAUUGGAGUAAUGAUAACGUAAAGGAACCAGAUGCAACUUGGAACGAGAAUGUGUCUCAAAAAGAAAACGAAACGGAUAAGUAUUUAAACGAAUUGAAAAAUGUGCAAAAUAGUAAUUUUACCGAUAAUACGAAAAUUGUGGACCAAUGGAAUAACAAAAACACGGAAUUAGAAACAAUUUUUAAAGAUGAAGCUGAUUUGAAAUUUGAUAAAUUUUUCCAGUUGAGCUUAGAUAAAAAAAGUUUAGAAGUCGACGAAAAUAAUAAGCAGAAAACGAUUAAGCCUAAUAUCAAACCAAAACCCAAACAAAAAAAACUGAAGCAAAUUGUAUCCAAGCCACUAAAGGCAGGAAAAGAUUUUGAAUCCGAGAAACCAAAAUCCCCUGAGAUUGAGCCAUGGGUAGAGAAAAUGUCGAAAAAGCCAAAUUAUUUAGAUUUCCUCAAUAACAUAAGUGAUAUUGAGGACAUCAAUGACAUGAACCAGAAAGAAGAAUCUGGUGAAAAAAAUAGUGUUGGAGGCAGUUUGGAUGAUAUCGUUUCCUUACUUGAAGUGCUGGAAAAUGAGGAUAAAAGAUCUCAUAUGCAAAUUGCGUCGGUAAAACACUUAGUGGACCAUACUCUGAAUCAAUAUGCCACAGAAGAUCAAGCAACCAGCAAAAUUGUCCACCAAAAUGUCAAAGAAAAUAAUAUGAUAAAAAACAAUAUAAAACCGCAAAAAGACCCAGAACGCUACGUCACAUUUUCUCCAAUCGUAUCUGAGAUACGACAAGAAUUUUCUGAGUCACCCGUAUCUGAGACAGGAUAUUCCAGUUUUGAUUUUGGUGAAGUGGUAUUGGGAAAGAAUCAUGACAGUAAUAAUUACUGUCAGCUCCUAUCAUUUUUGGACGAAGUGGACAAAAAUUGUACCAAAUCCCUAAAUGAAGCCAAGCAAGGAGCAGCUUUAGCUUCAAAAGUGAUUGAAUGUUCUAUCAAUUUAGAUUCCAUUCCCAGGCUACAAGAUCUAGAAUCACUUACAAAACAACAGCUCUGUCAUCAGUUGAUAGAUCUCAACUUGCGCCUGAAAGACAAGACCUCAUGUGUAAAUCUUCUGCAAAGCGAAAUGUCGACUUUAAGGGAACAGGCAAUGACCCAAAAUAAAGAAACUGAAAAUUUAGUAAAACAAAAACUAAAACAGCAAAAAGACGAGUACGAGGGCGUUGUAAAACGUCAUCAAAAGUUUAUAGACCAGCUGAUUGCUGACAAAAGAACAUUAAACGAGCAAUAUGAAGGGUUGGUGCAAGAAAUGAAGUUACUAGAAGACCGUUACAAUACAAAUAUGAAAGCUCUGGAACACAAACACCAAGUGGAAGUAAAGAAAUUAAAAGAAAUGCAGGCGGCCGGAGAAAAACUGCGCAGAGAGCGAUGGAUCGAAGGAAAAACUCAAAAAAUUAAAGAAUUAACAGUAAAAAGCAUUGAGCCGGAAAUUCAAAAUAUGGAAAAGAGGCAGCAACAAGAACUGGCCGAUUUAAGGGCAUUACAUAAAAGGGAGAUCGAAGAUUUGGAGUUAAAGGCGGCAAGGAAGUUACAGCAACAAUGUGAGAGCUUAAGGGAGCAAUUGGUAGAGGAGAGGGAGAAAGCACUUGCGCACGAGAGGGAAGUUAUGAGACAGAGGUAUGAGAAAUUAGUAGAAUCAGAAGAAAAAUCUUACCAAGAACAACGUAGAAGAUUGCAAAAUGAUCACGCAAUCAGAAUUAAAGAAUGCGAAGAACGAGAGGCCCAGCUUCAAUUGGAGAAGGAGAGAGCUAUUAAACAGGCCCAGGAGGAAUUUAAUGAUAAACUUGAUGUCAUAAUUCGAAGACAUUCGAACGAAUUAAAAUUACUAAAAGAAUCUGGUCAGAUCGAGUUCGAGACUUGGAAAGCUAAUUUUAAAAAGCAGCAGCAGCAAGUCCUGUUAGAGAAGGAGGCGAUUAUACGAGACCAGUGCAGGAAGGAGAGAGACAAGGAGAUUGAGAAUGUCAUCGAGAGGCUUGAGAGUGAAGCGAAUGAAUCGAAGCAACAAAUGGAAGAAAGUACAGAAAAUAGAAUUAAACGUCUCAAAGAGAAAUACGAGAAAGAAAUUAAAGACUUGGAAAUUGCGGAGAAAGAAUCUCAAGCAAAAUUUAUAGAGUCUAAAACUAAGCUUCUUGAAAACGAAGAGAUGGUGAUUCAGUUGAGAAAUACCAUUAAGCAGCUUGAGAGUCAAUUACAAGAAUACAAGCAGAUGACUGACAACCUAACCAAAGAAAGAGUAAACCUGAAAGAUGCCUUACGAAAAGAAAUGGGAGAGGAGGUGCAGAGUCUGGAAAGAGAAGUUGCUCGCUUAAAAAACAACAGGGAUAAGGAGAUUCAACAGUUAUAUUCUAGGAUUAAAGUAUCUGUGGCCAGAAAAGACGAAAUAUUAAGCGAAUUACAAAUUGAGCAUAAGGCUCUUCAAGAAAAAUGCAUCUAUUUGGAAAACAUGUUAGAGCAACAAAGAAAGGAGUAUUUAAUUAAAUAAGUUUGAUAUUUUCUAAUUUUUAAUUUUAAUAAAUUAAGUGCUACUGCAUUAAACAAGAAUCUUUCGACUUAA